CGGUCUGCCCCCCUCCCAGCCACCCACCCAUGCGUGUGGCUCCUCCUCCCAGCUUCAUCAUCAUCAUACUCGCAGUCGAGCUCUGUGCGGGGUCAGAAGAGCUUAGCUCACACCACGGCUCACCUCGCCUCACUUCGCUCUCCUCGUGCCUGCUGCAGCCUACCAGGCGCCGUCCGUGUCGUCUCGUCCACCCACGGCUGUGCCCAGCCACCACACUGCAGUGGACAUUUGGGCCCUGCGGCUCAGCAAUCUCCUGGUGCCUGCCCUUCACGCUCCAUCAGGAGCCAGGGAGGGUGGAGGUGGCGCCGUGCACAGCUGACGUCCAUCACGACCAGCCUCGGAUGGGCUAGAGGUCAACUCGGUUCACGGUACAGACGGGCCACACGGGACCAGCCCCGGGAUCAAGGUCUUGACCAAGCCAGGCUCAUCUCGUGACCAUCACCCGGGUCACUCAGCCACCGGGACCGGCAUCAGCUGGUCACCACAACCGGCAUCACGCAGAGACUGGCCCAAGUCCCAUGAUGAGCUCGUCGUGAUCAGCACCGGAAUCGGAUCUUGACACUGACGCGGCCGAGCGGGAUCGGCUCGGGGCAGAGCGGGUGAGCAGCCGGCCACAGGGAGAAGAGGCGGAGAGGGGAGCGGAGGAGGAGGGAGGGAGUCGCGGUCCGGUCAUGCCGCUGCCGCCGCCGCUGCCGCCGCUGCUGCUGCUGCUUCUCUGCGGGGUCGGACGCGGCUCUAGCGCGCGCUUCGCCGUCUACUGGAACAGCAGCAACCACAGGUUACUUACGGGGGAUUACACCCUCACCGUGCACAUUGACGACUACAUGGACGUCUACUGCCCGCAUUCUACAGCCCCCGAACUGGAGGGCCCCGAAUCGGGGGGCUCUUUAGCGGGGGGCCCCACGCCACCGCCGCCCCCCCCGGCCGAGCGGCCCGUGCUGCACAUGGUGGACGCCGUGGGGUUUGCGCGCUGCGAGCACUCGAGGGGGGCCGUGCGGUGGCGCUGCGGGAGGCCUCUCCAGCGGCCCCCCCACCACAGGGACCACGGGGCGCCCCUGAGGUUCGCCGAGAAGUUCCAGCGGUUCACGCCGUUCUCGCUGGGGUUUGAGUUCGCGCCCGGGCAGGAUUACUACUACAUCUCCACUCCACUGCUCAAGGGUGACUCCCGCUGCUAUCGCCUCAAAGUCCACGUUUGCUGUGGUCCAGGCGAUACUACGGCUAAUCCCACACGCUCGCAUCGCACGGCGAGCGAAGGUCCCGCACAAGCAGACGAGCCGAGGGUGGCUGCCGCCGUCGGCACGGGGGCCGCGGGGGCCGCGGCGCCCCGGGGAGGGGGGCCGGCGUUGGGCCUCGCCGGCGCCGCCGCCGCCGCACUGCUCGCGUCACGGCUCCUAUAGCGACCGCGACCACGGGCGACGGCGCUCCCUCGAGGUCUCCCGUGAAGCUGGGCGAGGAGGGAGUGGAUGGGAGGAGGAGACGGAGGAGCACGGGGGAAUUAGCAGAGGAGCCCCUGAAUGGAAAGAUUGGAAGGGCGCACGCUACACCACCCCCCUCGCUCCAUCCCAGGGAUGGACUCGGCCUCGACCUGGGAAUGCUCCGAAUGGACGAUGACUAUGCAAAGCGCGAUGGUUGCGCAAUGAUGGUGGCUGAAUGCUACAGGAAGCUGAUAAUGACUGUGGUGGUGGUGAUUGCUGCAAGCGGAAGAGGAGAUACUCUUAAAACGAGAAUCGUCACCAUCAUCAUCAUCACCACCGCUGAUGAGUGACACAGACGGUGAUGAGGACUCGUUAUGAGUGAUGAUCAUAUGAAUGGUGCAGGAAGAGAUGGUGGUGAUGAUGAACGGUGCAGUAAAUGGUGAUGACGAUUAUGGUGCAUUCUGCAUACCAUGUGCUAACGGCGGCAAUUGUUAAGGCGAGCGGCUCGCAAAGUGGGAAUCCUGGCUGGGUGGGGGUUGACUCAGCCCAUCAUCCUGACCUCCGGGGUAGAUAAAACUACUUUGUGGGGGAGAUCAACAGCGGUUGUCCUAUGGAUAGACCUACCCGCGUCAGAGGAAUGUGGAAUUUCCAGGGCUGUAAAUAGGAGAUGAGCACCAAUGCCCCGAUGCUCAUGUGAGUAGCAGCAGGAGCGCCCUCCUACUCGUUGGCUCUGGUGACCGCUGUUGUUGAAGACCGUGGUGAUGGUGUUUGGACGCUGCAGAUGGAGGACUCGUGAUGGUGGAUGAAUCAUAAUGGUCAUGAAUGCUGUUCAGUGGCGCUGCUUGAUGUUAAAUGCAGUAGAUGGAUGAUGGUGAUGUUGAUGUUUUCGUAUCUGCACGAGUCAUCUCGGACUCGCGUGUAAAUGUGUACAUUAAACUCGCUUUUCUAAA